GAGCAGAGCUAUAGCCUCUUCCUUUUUAUCCCCACUUCCCUAAUAAUGCUAGUGGUUCUUGUCUCUCUUGUCUCUGUUCUCCACUACCGUCCAAAAGCUUCAGCAUGUUAGCAGCUAAGUGAGGAAAAAAAAGGUCAAAGAACCCUCGGGGCAGGAAGCUCUAGCAUGGGGAGAGAUGACGGACAAGGAAGCUAACCAGGAAACGCCCCCAUCUCUCCUCCCCAACAGCGGCACCGUCAAGUUGGAAGAGUCCCCUAGGCAAUCAGCCACCGCUGGCGGCGGCGAUAGGCUGAAGAGGGAUGAGUGGAGCGAAGGAGCGGUUUCGAGCCUCCUCGAGGCCUACGAAUCCAAAUGGGCGCUCAGGAAUAGGGCCAAGCUCAAGGGUCACGACUGGGAGGAUGUGGCGCGCUUCGUCUCGUCCCGGGCCAGCUGCACCAAGUCGCCCAAGACUCAGACGCAAUGCAAGAACAAGAUCGAGUCCAUGAAGAAGAGGUACCGGACGGAGUCCGCCGCCGCCGACGCGUCCUCCUGGCCGUUGUAUCCGCGUCUCGAUAUGCUCCUGCGCGGCACCGCGCCGCCCCAGCCGCCUUUGCCCCCGCCGCCGCUUUCUCAGCCGCCGGCCUCUAACCCACCGCCUUUCAUAUUGCUAGAGCCGUCCUCUGCUGCGGCCGUGCCGCAGCUGCUGCCGAUUUCGGGUCCUCCUCCGCCGCCGCCGCCCUGUAAUGCCCAGAAUUCUCAUGGAUCCAAUGGAGUAGACAAGUUGCCCAAGGAAGAUGGAGCGGGAACCAAAUUAUCAGAUCAACUAUCUGACAAGAAUCCAGUGGAGACAGAUAGCAGCACACCGGCCCUUUACAGCGAUAAGCAAAAGUCGUCGAGGUCGAAGAAACAUAAGAUGGCGAGGAAGGCAGAAAAGAACAAAAAGAGGCGAAUGAGAGAAGAGUACGGGAUUGCCGAGAGCAUCCGGUGGUUGGCGGAAGCUAUCAUGAGAUCCGAGCAAUCGAGGAUGGAGACGAUGAAGGAGUUGGAGAAAAUGAGGAUCGAGGCCGAGGCGAGGCGAGGCGAGAUGGAUCUCAAAAGAACCGAGAUCAUCGCGAGUACCCAGUUGGAAAUCGCGAAGCUCUUUGCCGGGAGCAACAAAGGGAUCGAUUCUUCCCUAAGAAUUGGUAGGAACUAAGGUGGACUAUGUGAAGCUUGUGAUGAUAAUUAUGAUUGUGUUAUGGUAAUGUAUGUAAAGAUCACCUAGACUCUUGUGUACUAACACCGUGAAAAUGGCAAGGAGGACUGGAAGAUGAGGGCCUAAAUCUCAGCAUCGUACCUCUCUUUCGGUGUAAGAAAA